UGUUGGCGCAGCCUCUCUGAUUCUCUCUUCCUCUCGCGUCCAGCGCUGGGCUUUUUCAGACGAGUGCAUCUCCUAACCAGGUCACAUCUCAGCCGCGACCCACUAUCCGACUGUCACCAGAGUCACCACGCAGAAGAAGGGCUGAGGAAGACGACAGCGUUUGCUUCGACUACCGCAGGGUGGGAGAAAAGGCAUUAAAAUACUGCAGAAGUCAAGACCCCCCAGGUCGAACCCAGACCAAGAUGCGUGCCCCGGGCUGCGGGCGCCUGGCGCUGCCGCUGCUGCUCCUCCUCGUGGCGGCGGCCUUGGCUGAAAGCGACGCCAAAGGGAUCAAGGAGGGCGAGACCCCCGGCAAUUUCAUGGAGGACGAGCAAUGGCUGUCGUCCAUCUCUCAGUACAGCGGCAAGAUCAAGGACUGGAAUCGCUUCCGAGACGAGGUGGAGGAUGACUACAUCAAGAGUUGGGAGGACAAUCAGCAAGGAGAUGAAGCCCUGGACACCACCAAGGACCCCUGCCAGAAGGUGAAGUGCAGCCGUCACAAAGUGUGCAUCGCCCAGGGUUUCCAGCGGGCCAUGUGUAUCAGCCGCAAGAAGCUGGAGCACAGGAUCAAGCAACCUGCCCUGAAACUCCAUGCAAACAGAGAUCCCGCCUGCAAGCCCUGUCACAUGGCCCAGCUGGCCUCCGUCUGUGGCUCUGAUGGCCACACGUACAGCUCGGUGUGUAAGCUGGAACAGCAGGCCUGCCUGAGCAACAAGCAGCUGACAGUGAGGUGUGAGGGCCCCUGCCCUUGCCCCACGGAGCAGGCCACCACCUCCACCACCGAUGACAAACCGGAGAUCUGCACAGGUCAGGACCUGGCCGACCUGGGGGACCGGUUACGGGACUGGUUCCAGCUCCUGCACGAGAACUCCAAGCAGAACGGCUCCGCCAGCAGCGGGGCCAGCCCGGCCAGCGGCCUGGACAAGAGCCUGGGGGCCAGCUGCAAGGACUCCAUUGGCUGGAUGUUCUCCAAGCUGGACACCAGUGCUGACCUCUUCCUGGACCAGAUGGAGCUGGCCGCCAUCAACCUGGACAAGUACGAGGUCUGCAUCCGCCCUUUCUUCAACUCCUGUGACACCUACAAGGAUGGCCGUGUCUCCACCGCCGAGUGGUGUUUUUGCUUCUGGAGGGAAAAGCCCCCCUGCCUGGUGGAGCUGGAGCGCAUCCAGAUCCAGGAGGCCGCCAAGAAGAAGCCAGGAGUCUUCAUCCCGAGCUGCGAUGAGGACGGCUACUACCGGAAGACACAGUGCGACCAGAGCAGCGGCGACUGCUGGUGUGUGGACCAGCUGGGCCUGGAGCUGACCGGCACCCGCACCAGCGGGAGCCCCGACUGCGACGACAUCGUGGGCUUCUCGGGGGACUUUGGGAGUGGUGUCGGCUGGGAGGACGAGGAGGAGAAGGAGACCGAGGAAGCGGAGGAAGCGGGUGAAGAGGCCGAGGAGGAGGAGGAACAGCUGCUCCAGUGGAAAGAGAGAGCGGCUGGCUCCCGGAGUGCAUACAUCAGUCUCAGGGGAGGACUCCGACUGGACCCAGGACUGCUGCCAGAACUGCCAAGUGAGGUCCAGGAGGCUGGACCCGAGAGCUGUGUGCGUCUGCCAACCACCACCCCCAUCCUGGUCCCCAGCACUCACCCUGUGCGCCGGCUCAGCUGUGACCUAGGUGGUCCUCGUCUUCAACAACCCCAGGAAGGCUCGCAGUGAAGAGGCACCACAGCAAAUCAUCAGGGAGACAUUUCAUGUGGCAUCUGAGAGAUGAAAAUGUUUGUAAUUUCCUAGAAGGAGAAUUAUUAAUUGGAGGAUCUGACAAUAAACUGAUUUAUGGACAUUAUG